UCAUCCACGUCGUCACCAAGCUCAGAUGACUCUAAACACCAGUGAGCGCGUCCGACUGUCAACUCUCACAUGAUCACAUACGCACAUGUAAAGCGUGCACACUCACGCACACACACAAACGAACACAAACAAACACGCGCACACACAUACACACGGCGUGCGUCAUGCGUCCUGAGAGUAACUCGGUACCUCGGCUGGAGCGCGUCAAGACGCACACGAUGAGCUCCAUCGGCGGCAGCGGCUGAGGGCUGACAGCCCGCUUCCCUGCUCACCUCGCCCGGCUGCAUGCCCUCCCCGCACCGCCCCGGGAAAGUUGCACUCCAACUAUGGAUUACCUCACUGCCAGAGGCAACCACAGCAACGCCACAAAGGGCUACCCUCCAUGGGUGGAGGUGGUCGCGGACUGGCUCGGCUCUGACAACGGCACCGGUUCGACAGGAUCCUUCCCCUACGUGGAGUUGGGCUACCAGGUUGUCACGUCCCUGCUCCUGGGGGCCCUCAUCCUGUGCUCCAUAUUUGGCAACGCGUGCGUCGUGGCUGCCAUCGCCCUGGAGAGGUCCCUCCAGAAUGUGGCCAACUACCUGAUCGGAUCCCUGGCCGUGACGGACCUCAUGGUAUCGGUGCUGGUGCUGCCCAUGGCGGCCCUGUACCAGGUUUUGAACAAGUGGACUCUCGGCCAGGGGAUCUGCGACUUGUUUAUCUCUUUGGACGUGUUGUGCUGCACGUCCUCCAUCCUGCACCUGUGCGCCAUCGCUUUGGACCGCUACUGGGCCAUCACGGACCCCAUAGACUAUGUCAACAAGCGCACCCCGAGGAGAGCCGCGCUCCUCAUUAGCGUCACUUGGCUGGUGGGCUUCUCCAUCUCGAUCCCGCCCAUGUUGGGAUGGAGAAGCGCCGAGGACCGAGCCAACCCAUACGCCUGCAUUAUCAGCCAGGAUCCGGGCUACACCAUCUACUCCACUUUUGGGGCGUUCUACAUCCCCCUCAUCCUCAUGCUGGUCCUCUACGGGCGGAUCUUCAAGGCGGCUCGCUUCCGGAUUCGAAAGACAGUGAAGAAAGAGAAAGUAAAAGCUGACAGAUGUUUGACUUUAUCUCCGGCGGUGCUCCACAAAAAGAGCAACGGAGAAGCCGGGGGGAGGGCCUGGGUCAACGGCGCCGUGCAGUUCGGCGACGAGGGCGAAUCUCUGGAGGUGAUGGAGGUGAGCAGCUCAAAGAGCCACCUGGCCCUGCCCAACACCCCGCAAUCAUCCUCGCACGAAAACCUCAACGAGAAGAACUGUGGCGCCAAGAGGAAGCUGGCCCUGGCCCGGGAGCGAAAGACGGUGAAGACGCUGGGCAUCAUCAUGGGCACCUUCAUCUUCUGCUGGCUGCCCUUCUUCAUCGUGGCUCUGGUGCUGCCUUUUUGCGCCGAGAGCUGUUACAUGCCCGAGUGGCUGGGCGCCGUCAUCAACUGGCUGGGCUACUCCAACUCCCUGCUCAACCCCAUCAUCUACGCUUACUUCAACAAGGACUUCCAAAGUGCUUUCAAGAAGAUCCUCAAGUGCAAAUUCCACAGGCCGUGAACGUGACAUUACACUUUGGGUACACCUGCAACAAUUCCCGAGAUCCAAAUCAGGAGCUGCAUUAUCAACAAAGAUUGUAAUGAGUUUGCAAUGAGCAUUAACUUGGACUUAAGAAUAUAAUUAUCAUUAUGCUUGCUGUGCAUUGGAUCACAUUGUGUGUAUUGACGAGGUAAAACGUUUUGUAGCACAGCUCUCCCUACAGUUGUGAAGUUGAAAUUACAGCACAAAGAGACUCCCAUUUGAUUGACAGGUGUAUUAAGUUGCUAUUUUUAAUGAAUAAACAGUCAAGAAAAGUUAAGUAACUUUACUUAGGGCAAUAUAUGUUCCAUUUAAUACUAUUUAUAUUUAUAUACAAUACUGUCCAGUAGUAUUUUUACUGUAUUAUUUGUAAGAUUAUGUGUUCUCCAUUGUUAUUAUUUAAAGCAAUAUUAAAUAAAUUGAAAAAUUAAAUAAAUUAAUUAAAUCAAUAUUUGAAAAAAUAAUAAUAUACAUAUUUAUUAAUUUUAUAUUAUCUAUACUUUAUAUACAGUAUGGUUAUUUAAUUAAAAUGUAAUAAUUUAAGAAUAAUUUUCUUUUGCAAAUGCAGUAUUCUGAUGCAUCUCUGGAUCUCAUGAGGGUGCAGGUGUACCUAAUAAAGUGUCCACUGAGCUUUCAUAGUGAAUCACGUUUUGGAUGAUUAAUAUGAGAAAGAAUUAAUCAAGGGGACAUGUUAACUGACUGUAUGGAGAGCAAAAAAAGAACAAUAAUGCACAGACUUGAAUUCAGGCUCAGUAUGUGCUGUGUGUCUAUGAGGCCUCUGGUGCCACAACAAAAUAUGAUCAUACAUGCCAGCUCACCGUUUAUCCAGUGUCGUGCCCACUGUGUUUGUUGCCUCUAUGCAACAGCAGUCAGCGUUGCCGUGUGCUUAACCCAUACAUGUCUUUGUCAUGAGACACAUGAAGGUGUGUGGGACGGGUAACAUCAUGAGCUUUGUAGCACUGAAACAACAAUAAAAAGCAAUCCAAUUCA